AUGUCUGAAUCUUCAGUUGUAUCUUCGGCCUUCAGUAGGGCUAGUGCGCACGCGCUCAGCUUCUCUUCUACCUCGUCUUCCUCUCCACUUGGUGGAGGUUUAUAUGUCGACCACAGCGGUUUUCUCAAGUCCUCUCAUCGUGCCGGUGGGCCAGUCCUAGCUUCUCUCCCAGCGGUGACGACAGAGAACACGUUUACUCACGAUCCAGCUCAGAUCCACGCGCGUGCUAAAAAAGUCCUGGAUGAUCUCGAGAUCGAAUUCUCCAAUGUCAUUCUGAAGGGCCGCACGUCAAAGGUUGACCCUGAACCUAAGCCAAUUCCAACCCUGCUUGUCCUCAUGCCAGACCUCCCGCAGCCUGAUCUUUGGUAUCAGGGUGCCAAGCAGAUCUACCACGAUUUGGAGCCACUCCUACCUGGAGUCUCUGUUGAGAUUAUCGAAGAGAAGUUUUACGACGGACUGUAUUGUUUCCCCGUUGAACAGACCCAUUCCAUUCAUUCCAAAUGGAGGUCAAUUGUCGAUACUAUUCUGGCGAAUCUGAAUAUCCAGGAGUGGACUGGUAUUGAAUGUUGGCGGUAUGGCACCAAUACCGAUAGGCAUCUGAACCCUGUGACUAUAAUAGUGGAGGUUGAUAAGACAUCCACCGGGUCUUUUGAUGCCGCAGCCCAGAUCAUUCGGGGUUUACUUACGCACUUUCAGGAAUCUAGCGUUGAUAUCCUAUUUAUGAAGGACGGGAAGGAUUCCCUGGUGUAUCCAUGGCAGUUCGACCGGAACAUCCACACUGGGUGGUCCUGUCUAGCUACGAUUACCGAACGAAUCGGAAUGGCGCACCUAUGGCCUAACUUGCUUUCACGCCGUUUGGCCUCCGGAAGGAAAGCGCCCGCUACAAAUGUUACAAAUCACAUGAGCACACCUGGGCAGGCCAAGAUUUCGCGCUGGGAAUACAGCCCCCUCAGAUUCAAGGAAUCACUCAACACCAUUGCCCCAGAGGUAUUGAAAGUUGAUCAUCCAUCUUUUAGAGGUCUCCAACAUACUAUCGCCGCGAUAGAUGAUGAUAUCGAAGAAUACAAAACCGAAGUAUUUCUGAAGCUGGAAGCAACCCAAAAGGAGGACGUAUGGAUGUCAUGCAUUGACUUUGUCACCGGUUUGCCAGUUUCCCGUCACAACUUCAACGCACGUCGCCUUUAUUACAUGCAAAUUCGCGAAGCGACUGGGAGCAAUACCCGGCAAGACCACCUGGUCGAGCAAAGACUGGGCCCUAGCCACACUAGCGUUAUAGGGGAUUAUCUACGGCAAUCAGGCCCAUUGAAGCACUACGCCAACCCUUUACGACAAUGCGCGACAACGGAAGUUACUUCCUAG